AUGACGGAUGGGCGUCAACUGGUGGCCAAGGUUCCAAAUCCGAACGCCGGCUUUCCUUUCUACAAGACUGCCAGUGAAGUUGCCACAAUGGAAUUUGCAAGGGCCAUCGCGGGAAUCCCGAUGUCCCAGGUUCAUCAUGCCUGGAGCAAUCGAGCAGAUGCAGAUGCAGAUGACAAUGCUGUCGGUGCUGAAUACUACUGA